AUGCCAGUGGCAGCAGUCCAGAUUGCCAAUCUGGCUAAUGAGGACACUCCCCAGUUGUACGUGGCCUGUGGACGAGGCCCCAGAUCAACAUUAAGAGUGUUGAGACAUGGAUUGGAGGUGUCGGAGAUGGCUGUAUCAGAGCUGCCUGGUAACCCCAAUACUGUGUGGACAGUACGCAGACAUGUGGAAGAUGAAUUUGACGCCUACAUCAUUGUGUCUUUCGUCAACGCCACCCUGGUGCUGUCCAUCGGAGAGACUGUAGAGGAAGUGACGGACUCCGGCUUCCUGGGCACCACGCCUACCCUCUCCUGUUCGCUGCUGGGUGAAGAUGCCCUGGUGCAGGUGGACCCUGAUGGCAUCCGUCAUAUCCGUGCAGACAAGCGUGUCAACGAGUGGAAGACCCCGGGAAAGAAGACCAUUAUGCGCUGUGCUGUCAACCAGAGGCAGGUGGUCAUCGCCCUCACUGGAGGGGAACUAGUGUACUUUGAAAUGGACCCUGUAAGCCAGCUGAACGAGUACACGGAGAGGAAGGAGAUAUCCGCGGACGUGGUGUGCAUGAGCCUGGCCAACGUUCCCCAGGAGGACUCCCGCUUCUUAGCCGUCGGGCUGGUGGACAACACUGUCCGCAUCAUUUCCCUGGACCCCUCGGACUGUCUGCAGCCGCUGAGUAUGCAGGCUCUGCCCGCGCAGCCCGAGUCACUGUGCAUCGUGGAGAUGGGCGGCGUGGAAAAGCAGGACUAGCUGGGUGAGAAGGGCACCAUUGGAUUCCGGAGGGUUGCCGGUUCGAAGAUUUUGGCCCUGGAGAAGCUGGGUGCGGUCUUCAACCAGGUGGCUUUCCCGCUGCAGUACACACCGCGCAAGUUUGUCAUCCACCCCGAGACCAACAACUUGGUGCUGAUCGAGACCGACCACAAUGCCUACACGGAGGCCACCAAGGCCCAGCGCAAGCAACAGAUGGCUGAGGAGAUGGUGGAAGCGGCCGGGGAGGACGAGCGUGAGCUGGCAGCAGAGAUGGCCGCCGCCUUCCUCAACGAGAAACUUCCAGAAGCCAUCUUCGGGGCGGCUGGUCAACCCCAUCCAGGGCACCACGCUGGACCUAGUCAGACCACGCUGGACCUAGAGCAGAACGAGGCCGCCUUCAGUGUGGCCAUUUGCCGCUUCUCCAGGGGAGACGACUGGUAUGUGAUGGUGGGCGUGGCCAGGGACAUGAUUGUAUCUGUUGCCGGUGGCUACAUCUACAUCUAUCGCCUGGCGGGGGGCGUAGACAAGCUAGAACGCCUGUGGAAGACGUCCCUCUGGCCAUCUGGGGUCGGGAAGCUGCUGCGGAUCUAUGACCUGGGCAAGAAGAAACUGCUGCGCAAGUGUGAGAACAAGAUUGAACUUCUCAUGCAGAGCUGGCCUUGA